AUGCCGUCUAGUCUAUUGUCUAGUAACAGACACUCGAAAAAGAAUAAACUUCAUCAUAAUAGUCAUAACAAAAAAAGGAAAAAUGGUAACACCGACUCUGUGGAACCUUCAGAUGUCCUUCAAACUGCCAUUAAUUCACAUACAUUGCAUGGUAAAGGUAAACAAUACAAAUCCCCUUUUCGUGAUACUCAGACCCCAAGUAAUAUGAACGUUGCUUUGAAAAAGAAAAACCAUAGAUACCCAACAAUUUCAGCUACUUCACCUUAUUCAAAUAUGACACCACAAGAUUUAGGGUACAAGAAUAUUCACCCAAGUACCAAGAGAGCCAAGGAUAUUCCCUUCCCCGUUUUAUUGAUAGAAAAUGAAAUUAGACAGGAUAAACUAUUUGCUCAAUUAACAGAGAAGGAAUCACAAUUGGACUAUUUACAAAAAUCGCAAAAAUUAAUCAAGGUUGAGCCAAUUGGUCAACGACCUGUUUCAAAAAGCAAGCAAAAGGAUUCUAAAUUAAAAACUAACACUGACAAGCCAAAAGCAACGAAAAAGACUCAGUCUUCUAUUUCUGAUAAAACUUCAAUUGCAAAACUAGAUGCUCCUAAAGGGAAGUUGAAAAAGGAAGCCAAUACGGAGGAGAAACCUGAUAUUGGCUCUGAGUCUGAACCAGAAUCUUCGUUUGUAGAUGCAGUUUCAGAUCAAGAUAUCACGGAAAACUUGACAAGAAAAUCUGAUGGUCUAGCCCAAUCUAAUGUACAAGAAGAUGAUCAAAUUGAUACUGAAAUUGAAGAUGAUUCGCAAGAUGCUCAAUCAUGGGUUCCCUCUGAUAAUGUAAGUGUUGCUUCAUCCACAAGUAGUUCUUCAAUUGGUGAAAAACCAAUGGCUUUGGAUUUGGCACCAAAAAUUCAUACCGAAGUGGUUCAAGUUUAUGGUGCAACCACAUCUACUAACUCCAAAUCAAACUCUAAUACCCGUGAGCCCACUCCUUCAAGAUCUACUUCUUCUUUCUUUACUGUUUUCAAAAGAAAUUCGAAUCGUGAUCAAUAUUCCAAUUCGCCCUCUAAUCAAAGAAAUGUCAAUUCAAAUUUAACUAAUAUUAAGACUAGUACUCUAAGAGAAAUGAAUAAUGUGAUAAAUCCAAAGGCCACUCCAAAGAAUCCAGAAUUGUUGGUUAAAACAAGAUAUAAUAAUAACUCCAUAAUUCUUUCUAAAUCAGUUUAUGAUUUAGUUAAUUAUAACAUUAAAGUUCAUAAUAAAAGGGUGAAGGAUUAUAUUAAUGAUUCAAAUAUAAAAUAUAAGGAAAAAAAUGAAGAAUUUAAUAAUUCCAUAAAUGAACUUGAUUUGAAGAUUAAAUCGAUUGAAAAAGAUAUUAUUGAUUACAAAGCCAAGAUUGAUUCAUUAAUGAACGAUAAUGUAGAGAAAAAUGAUAUCGAUAUUGAAAAUUAUCAUGAAAAGAUGUUGAUUAAGAAAAACCAAAUUAUUAAAAAGAAUGACGAAAUCACUUAUAUCCUACAAAGUUCACCACCAACUGCUGCAAUCUCUUUGGAUACAAAAGAUGCUGUUACAAAGCAAUCUGAUUGUACACCAUUGAUUAAAGAUUGGAAGUCAGAGCAGUCAAAACUAAAUGAACAAAUAGAUUCAAAAGUAAAUGUAAUAAAGCAAUUGAAUAAAAAUUUGGCAGAUGUUAAACAAAAAAUUACAGAAUUGUCUGAAUCAGCUAAACCAGCACCACCUCUGUCUCCAGUUAAAAAACUUGUAUCAUCACCAACAACAAAUACAAAUACAAAUGUAAGUUCUAAUGCAAAGGCAACUGCAAAUACAAAUACAGCUUCAAAUGCAAGUAUUCACUCUGGAUCAUCUCGUUCAACAAUAACUAUAAACUCCAACGAUGAAUUAGGUGGAGAUUUAGAAACAGCAAUCAGCACUAUGGAUCAACCUGUGGUAAAUUCUCGGCAAUUAAACCCUAGUAGUUCAACUCCUGCCCCUAUACCAAAGACACCAAUAAACACAGAAUUAGAAAAAAGCAUCAAACUGCAAGUAUCAAAUAAAUUAAAAAUUAAGGAAUCGUUAAAGAAUGAACGUUUGAAUUUAAAUACACUAAUUUCGCGAUUAAAAGAUUUAACAAAAAAUUAUUCUGUAAAACUGAGUUCAACUUUAUCAAGCGCUUCUUCUAUUAAUUCGAUGCCAAUCAAUAGUUCUUCUGAAACGUCAUCAUUAACUGAAUUAAAUGAUGAUACCAAUAUAAGACGUGGAACAGCCCAUUCAAUUGCAGUUAAACAAUUACAUCGUUCUACAAUUCCUGGAAAGUAUCAGCAACUGAUCAAAAUCAUGGUCCUUCCACAGUUAGUGUAUAUGCUUCUGCAGAUGAUGGUGAUGAACAUCCUUCUAUGUACGAUUGGGAGUCAGAAGAAGAGCUGA